AUGGGCAGCGAUCACAGGGUACCGAUCGACCAAAUUCAUUCCUUCUCUUAUUGGGGCCUCGCACUAACAAUGGUCGUAAGCAUUCUUCCGUCUUCCUCGGCGGGCGUAACUUUUGCUCUCUCUCUCUCUCUCUCUCUCUCUCUCUCUCUCUCACACACAUUAUGCCUCUAUGUUUUUCUUUAUCCCUUUUCACCUUUUCCGUUUCUUCUCUCUCUCUCUCUCUCUCUCUCUAUCUAUCUAUCUAUCUAUCUAUAUCUAUAUAUAUAUAUAUAUAUAAGAAUGGUCGUGUCGAAGCAGACAUCUUCCUCCUCAUCUGUGAAAUCGAAAUCGUCCAAUUCAGUGGCGUCCGAAUCGUUCCCGAGACUCUCGGCUAAACUAGCGUCCUCGUUAUCACCAGAACAACGACUGUCAGUGUCGGUCGCGCCAUCCAUGUCGUUAAGAACAGGAAAAAAACCUCCAUCUACAGCCAUGGAAUUGCUGCUAUCACAACGGUCUACACCUGAGAAUCCAGCCUGGUCAACUUCCAUCCACGGCCUAUCAUAA